AUGCAUGUCCCUCUGGCCACGCUGGCGGGACAUGCAUAUCCCUCUGGCCACACUCGGGGACAUGCAUGUCCCUCUGGCCACGCUGGCGGGACAUGCAUGUCCCUCUGGCCACGCUGGCGGGACAUGCAUGUCCCUCUGGCCACACUCGGGGACAUGCAUGUCCCUCUGGCCACACUGGCGGGACAUGCAUCUCUAAAAUCUUGCAUUUGUGGACACACUGGCACCGCCGCUGAGUAUGGCAGAGAGUGCCUGGCCUGGCCACCUCAGCCGCCACCGCUGAGGACAAGUGACCUGCAGGAAGUCGACGAUUAUUUCACUUACCUCAAGACACCGCAGGCCAGGUGCCGGAAAGUAGUCAUUAUGGGUGGUCAUCACACGUGUGGGGACGUAACUGACGACCUUGUGGAUGGCAGCAAGGUAGUGUGUAUGGACCCGCCCCUUGGUCUGCUGCCUAUCAGAGACCCCACCACCUGCCUCACCCUCUCCUUUGGCAUCCACUUCGACUCAACCUUCGACGUGGCCGUGUCGAAGUUCAACUGUGAGGUUCACAUGUUCGACUUGCUCGACUACAGUCCCACCGAGCUGCUCAACACCUCUACACACGCUUACUUCCACCAGGUCAGUCGUCUUCUCUUCCUUUCUCACAAGUCGCUUAACAAAACUUCGUCUCCGUAA